GCCGUGAUGCAUAAACAAUCCUAAAUUAUUUCGUGCCGUACUGCUUACAAGCACGACUCGCAAGGAAGUGAAACUUGAGUGAAACGGUGGAGAGUUUGCAGAACACAAGGUUGUAACUGCUGGCAGAAAUGUUUAAGCUAGCACUAGCAAUAAUUUUUCAGGCUGUCUUUUACGUCAGCUGCAAAGUAGAAUGGGGAUCUGACACGAAGACCUUCUCGCACGCAAUCAAGGGGGCCUACUGUAAUGCGAACCUUGAGACCGAGUUGUUCAGCCGUCAGCAAGGCCCCGGUGUCAUAACAGAGCAAUGGUUUACUGGUAAUAAAUGCCUAGGCCCCAAUACCAUCAUAAGGUACUACAUUGACGACAACUCGUCACCGUAUAUCGAGAUGAAUCUUUACAUGGGUCAUGGAAUUGGGUUUGUUACUAGAACGGAAGAGAAAACGAACGCGACAGUCUCAGAAAUGGUUGGAAACCCUGACAAUCCCGUGAUUGGCGAAGACAUGGGAAUUCCAUGGGGUACUCGUAGAAUCGGUCAUACUGCCAUUGGCGGAGGCGUUUAUAACACGAUAAGAAUGCCGUUUAAAAAGUCCAUUAGGGUAACGUUUGAGACUCCAGAGACAGGCUAUUAUUGGUACAUUAUUCGGGGGGCUCAGAACUACCCUAUUGUUGUUGGAGAUUUGGUACUUCCUCAAAAUGCUAUGCUGAGACUGCAUAAAAUAGAAAAUUAUGCCAUACAGCCAAUUGAAUAUGCUGUGCUUGCUUCCAGUUCAAAUAAAUCAGGUCUUUUGUAUCAGGUAACUUUGGCAACUGCAAGCAGCAACUUUCAAUACCUAGAGGCCUGCUUCAGAGCAAUGAUCGACGAUGAUGAUGUCCAGUACUUAUCUUCAGGAACAGAGGACUUCUUCUUGUCAGCAUACUAUUACAGUGCUGGCAUCUUUCAUACUGAUCAGUCUGGACUCACAUACUUUAUGAAACCAGGAACAAUGAGUGCUUACAAGUUCUUUGAGGAUGAUCCAGUGAUGUUUUCAAAGACAUUUAAGCUGAUAUGGCGUUGUGGAGAAGCCCGUGACAAUGCAUGUUUCAAGCUCUCAAACAAAAAUUGCCAGAUGAAAGAUGCAGAUGGGGACUGUAAACAGUUCCAAAGUACCCCUGAGUGGUCACCUCAGGUUACUACAAUGACUGCAUAUGUAUGGACCUAUGAGUGGUAGAUGCUCCAAACAUCUUUGUGAACUGUGUCAGAACUUUCUUUAUUUGAUUACACUCUUUUUAUAAAAGAACCAGGAAACUAAGGUCAGGAUGCCUGCUCUUAAUUUCUUCAAAAGUCUUAAUUUGACACUUGAUUGUUUUUAAUUUGUUCAUUAAUGGUGCGGAUAUAAGUAAAAUAAAAUUAGACAGGAAACAAUAUUUUUCUUCAGAAAAACAUCCAAAGGGUAUAUAGUUAAGGUAUUGUUGACAGGUCCUGCCAAAACCUGAACUCCAUAUGCAAUCACUGCUCAAAAUCAUGUUUUACAUUCCUUCAGCCUUAGUUUAUUUUAAUUUGUUCUUACUUUUUGACCAAUUUUAAGGCUCUUGUCCUUACAAAAUGGUUCUACUUAAAAAGAGUGUAUGUUUUGUUGUUGAAUAAUGUAAUGAUAUGAUAAUGACAAUCAGGCAUAAUCCGUGUAAUAGUGUAAUAUUUGAGGUAUAUAAAUAUAUUACAAAAUUCAGUGCUGUGAGCUGCGUGCACAAAUAUUCAAAAGUUAAUCGCUUAAUCAAUAUUUUCAGAUUGUAACUCAGUCCUUUGUAAUCAUAUGUGAUAAUUUACUGAAAAUUUCAGCUAACGCUUUCCAGUGACUCCCUUACCCAUUCUUUGAUUAUCCAGUUUUGCUGCUUUGUAUAUAAUUUGUUGAUUUUUCACUUGGAUCUGAGUAUUGCUUUGAAAGCUGUUAUAUCCUGUAUUCUUUUCUUUCUGUUGCUGUGGAAAAGUGGAUAUAAAUUUUCUGCUCAUCUUUGGACAUUAUCAGACAUUUCUACUCUGAUGAGUGUCAGAUGAAAAUAUACUUUUGUAGGAUAUGUUUUCCCUUCCCAUGCUAUUUUCAAAUUUUGCUCUACCCAAGGUUAUUCGGUUAAUCCUAUUCAAUAAAACAUAUUAUUCAGACUUACUCAUCAGACUUAAAACAUAAAACAUAUUAUUGAUAUUAUUCCUCUUGUCUUGGGUAUUUUUGCCAACAAAUUAUAAUUAAAGUCUAACAAAAGUCCCUUCCCUUGUGAUGUUAUACAGUUUUGAACAUUGCAAUUAAAGCCUUUAGCAGUUACUGUGUCAAUGGCUUAACCAAAAGGCUUUUUAAUAUGAAUUACAGAUCCUAACUAUCAAUAAAUGGGUAAAAACUCAUCAUUUUCACGGUUUUACCCAACUGUACCCUUUUCAUAUAUAUAUAUAGUUGUUAUGAUAGUAUACUUUGAAUGUUGUUUUAAAAUAACUUAAAAGAUAAGUUAUCCAGUAAUUAAAAGCUAAUUUUGAGAGA